UAAUCCGACUCAAAAUUCAACAGUAUCGACGAUUUCUGGAACCUUCCACAGAAUUCUCAAACCAUCAAAAUUAUUGCCGAAUCCCAUAGAGACUUGGAUCCCAUUCCCCAUUAAACACCCUCCUUCUCACAUCAUCUUCGCGGCCAUUCAUUCGUCGAUUCUCAGGUUCUGUUCGACUCGCUGCUUGCAAAGAUUGAGAAGCUGAAGAAGAGAAAGAGAGCAGAGGAACAAGAUUCCAACAUGGGUGUGGAUUAUUAUAAGAUCUUGCAAGUUGACAAGAAUGCCAAAGACGACGACUUGAAGAAGGCUUACCGGAAGCUUGCCAUGAAAUGGCAUCCUGAUAAGAAUCCCAAUAACAAGAAAGAAGCGGAAGCUAAAUUCAAGCAAAUAUCCGAGGCCUAUGACGUUCUCAGUGAUCCUCAAAAGAGAGCCAUCUAUGAUCAAUAUGGCGAAGAAGGUCUGAAGGGUGGGGUUCCUCCUCCUGAUGCUGGCGGAGCUGGAGGAGCUUCUUUCUUUUCAACGGGAGAAGGACCGACGUCGUUUCGGUUCAAUCCUAGAAACGCCGACGACAUUUUUACUGAAUUUUUUGGGUUUUCGAGCCCAUUUGGAGGCGGCGGUGGCCAUGGAGGGAUGAGGUCAAGGUUCUCUAGUGGGAUCUUUGGUGAUGAUGUGUUUGGAUCAUUCGGAGAAGGAAGGGGAGUCCAUAUGAAUCCGGGUGCUCCUCGAAAAGCUCCUCCUAUUGAGAACAGAUUGCCUUGUAGUCUCGAAGACUUGUAUCAAGGAACUACAAAGAAGAUGAAGAUCUCUAGAGAAAUUGCUGAUGCUAGUGGCAAAACCAUGCCUGUAGAGGAGAUCCUAACUAUAAAUAUCAAGCCUGGUUGGAAGAAGGGUACGAAGAUAACCUUCCCAGAGAAAGGAAAUGAGCAGCCACAUGUGACCCCGGCGGACCUUGUUUUUAUCAUCGAUGAGAAGCCUCACAGUGUUUUCACUCGCGAUGGAAAUGAUCUAAUUGUGACGCAAAAGAUUUCUCUCGCGGAGGCCUUGACCGGUUAUACGGUGCAGCUGACUACCUUGGAUGGAAGAAACCUGACCAUACCAAUCAACAGUGUGAUUCAUCCAAGCUAUGAGGAGGUUGUUCCAAGAGAAGGAAUGCCACUCCAAAAGGAUCCCACGAAGAAGGGAAACUUAAGGAUAAAGUUCAACAUUAAGUUCCCAACUCGGCUGACCUCAGAACAGAAGGCAGGAAUCAGGAAACUCUUGGGUGCCUCACCUUGAGAUCCAAUACUGAUCAUGGGGUUUUCAAACGGGAAGCUUAGCCUCCUGAAAGAUUGAGUUUUUUUUCACCAUUAGAUUUACUUUUGAAGAUUUCUUGUAUUAAGAAAGCAGAAAGUUGACGAGAAUCUCUAAGUAGAUCCAAAGUGAGAGCGGGGGAAAAAAAAGAAAAAAGCAGUUUGCUGAAGAUGCUAAUGCUUGGCUGGAGUUUAGGGGUCCUGGAGAAACGUAGCAGACUGAACACAACAUAGCAGCAUGAGAAUGGGAUAUCUAGUAUAGCGAUGCAAAUUUUGAUAGAUUAUUAUUUUUGGUUUGUAAGAUUUGUCAGUGAAUGAAAAUAAGAAGCUUUUGUUCCACAGUGAUCAGAACACGCAUUUGUUUAUUGCUGGAUAUUGCAGUUUAAAUGCAUCUCAUGUUUUGAACUUUGAUCUA